GAUUCAUAACGCAGUCUUGACUUGAUAGAAUGGAAGGAGCUUUUAGUGUCAAAGGUCGAGCUGAAAAACUCAAGGGCAGAACGUUAAUGACGGUUUACAGCUGUGAAUGAGUCUUAAUAUGCCACAGAAGAAGGACUGAGAAGUCCAACCGAAUGACCCUUCCUGUUGAAAACAAGUCUCGAGUAAAUUGAAGAAAUGAUGUCGCAGUCUGAAGGACAAACCAUGAAAAAGGCAUUGGCGUGGAAUUGCUCGUGUUGGCUGGUACCUUUUGCAGUACUUUCCAUACUUUGCGUGAUGAUGUCGUCCAUUGCUCUUUUUAUAUCAGUUUCUUCGACAAAGAGACUACAACAAGAAUUGCAGGUCGAGCUUUCAAGAAUUGUAAAGGAGGUCGAGGAUCUUCAGUUGAAGUAUCGAGUUACAAAGACAGAAAAUACUGGCGAUCCUUUUGUGAAAUUGAACUCCAGAAUCCGACGCACCCUUCAGAAGAGCCGAACAUUUGGACUCUUGAAAGCAAUUCAGAACACUUGCAAUGUUUAUCUUCAAACAUAUGGAGCCCUUGACUAUCGGGACGAUCUCUAUCGAGGAGAUAGUGGAAAGGGAGGUAAAGGAUAUGAAGAUGAUGCACUUCGAUCUCCUUAUUUCUAUAAUGCUAAAGUUCAAGCAUUGCCUGAGAACAAGCAUCAUGGACCAAGAGGUCAGCCCGGGCCACAAGGACCACCAGGUAUCCCAGGACAACCUGGACCUCCUGGAUCAAUCGGUCCACCUGGUCCUCCAGGUCCGCCAGGCCCCCCAGGCCCAACUGGUCUAAGUAGUCAACCAAGUCCAAGGGGGAAGAGAGGACGGAAAGAAUCACUUGAACUACCUUUGAGGAAGAAAAAUCAUGGCAUUAGAGACUCAUCAACAGGAUCAAGUGCUUCGUUGAAACCUGCGAAAAUUGUUAAAGCCCCGAGGAACGUUGAAGUUAAAAAAGGAUCAUCUGCCAUCUUUACCUGUGAAGCUGAAGGUGUACCGGAGCCUACUUUAAGUUGGCGAAUUAAUGGGAAAAGCACAGAAAUGUUUUCAAGAGUCACUGUAGUACGUAAAAAAAUGCUGCACAUCCCAAGAGCAACAAAUGGCGGCAAUAUUGAAUGCAUCGCUACAAAUUAUAUUGGUGCAGAUACCAAGACCGCCAAUCUGACAAUCCUGGUUCCUCCCGUUAUAACUCUGAGUCCGAAACAAGCAGUUAUUUAUGAGAAUUCUGGCAAUUUCACUGCAACUUGCAACGCGACUGGCAAUCCUGUGCCAAAAACCUGGUGGGAAUCAACAAAGAAACGGCAAAAAAAAGUCGGCACUUCAGGUCCUGGGAUAUUAUUCAUCGAAAACCCGAGACAAAAGGACAGUGGCAGUUAUAAAUGCGUUGCUUUAAACUCGGUGGGCAAAACAUAUGGAUUUGCUAUGAUUGUUGUAUUGAAAGAUGAGUGCUUGAAGAAUCCUUGCCUCAACCACGGAACUUGUGCCAGUAAAAGGAAUGGAUACCAGUGUACAUGUGUAGCUGGGUUUAGGGGUGAAAACUGUGAAAAAGAUAUUAACGAGUGUGCCAGCGAUCCAUGCAGUAAUGGUGGAAGAUGCAACAACCUGAAAAACGGUUUCUCGUGUAGCUGUGCAGUUGGUUUUACAGGCAAAAUAUGCGAGACAGCACUCUCACAGAAACGGAAGAAUGUGAACAAAUUAUUUCCAAACGAUAUGAUAUCCAGAUUUACAGGGAGAAACGACUGCCAAGAAGGGCCAUGUCUGAACCGAGGAACAUGCAAAAGCCUAAGCAGAGGGUACUAUUGUGAAUGCAAAAACGGUUUCACAGGGAAGAAUUGCGAAAAAGCCCCUAACGAAUGCAGAAAGAGGCCCUGCUUGAAUGGCGGAACAUGCAAGCUUCUAAAGCGAGGCUAUUAUUGUAUAUGUAUGUCUGGUUACACUGGGAAAAACUGCGAGAAAGUGAAUAUCAAUGAGUGCAAGAGCAAUCCAUGCAAAAACGGUGGACUUUGCGUUGACCGUCGAGAUGGCUACAUUUGUCGCUGUAAAAAAAGCUUCUUUGGAUUCAAUUGCGAGAACAAGGAUGUUGAUGACUGUGCCAGUUCGCCAUGUCUGAAUGGAGGAAAAUGCGCUGACGGCCUAAAUGAAUACAAAUGUAUUUGCCCAUCGGGCUAUUUUGGGAAAACCUGCAAUGUUGUUUUCAAUUCAUAUCUCAUGCGUUAUGGUUGAAGCAAUGGUAUCCCAUAAUCGCCAUUCCCAAAAAUGCAAAAAAAGCAAUGUUGCAUUGAAAUGAGGACUCAUACCUGAAGAUUGUAACUUGUAAAUCAUUGCUUUGUAGCCUGUAAACCUUCUUUGGUGAACAUUUGUAAUAUACGUGACGUGUAUAGAAGAAAGUAUAUGUGCAUGUAUUUAGUAUUUGAUAUUAUGGUAUAUGCUGCUUAUUUCUACGUAUAGAAUAUUAUGAAUUCUGUCUUAAUGGAAAUUACUGUUUACUGGUCCGUCGUCAAGUGCUCAAUGCCGUAUAGGCAGAGCUGUACGCGCUAUCUGGUGUAUCAGUCCACCUAAAAACAUUGCUCUUUGGUCCUUUAUCAACCUUUU